GAUCCAACAGAACCUCAAACCAGAACCAGAACCCAGCUGUGUUUCCUUAAAGAGCGACAGGUCAAUGGGUCGCCUUAUCGAUUUUAAAUCAGACCAACCUUCAGCUGCAAAGAGAGUGGACCAGCAGAACUCAGAGGUUCCCAGUGAUCCAUCUACCCAGCAGCAUCAAACCCAGCUGGACUCCAUAUUUAUGCUGGUGGAGGAAAACAUUGUUAGUUUUGUGAAGAAGGAACUGAAGAAGAUCCAGAAGGUUCUGAGUGCAGAUGAACCAGAAGGCUUAGAGAGUCAGUGGAAGGAUGAGGAGCAUAUGAGGAGCAGCAGAAGGGCUUUGGUUAAGAUCACACUGAAUUUCCUAAGCAGGAUGAAACAGGAGGAGCUGGUUGAACGUCUGCAGAGCAAGCUUUUUGGCUCAGUUUGUCAACAUAAACUUAAAUCCAGUCUGAAGCAGAGGUUCCAGUCUGUGUUUGAGGGAAUCACUAAAGCAGGAAGUCCAACCCUUCUGAACCAGAUCUACACAGAGCUCUACAUCACAGAGGGAGGGACUGGGGGGGUCAAUGAUGAACAUGAGGUCAGACAGAUUGAAACAGCAUCCAGGAAACCAGGAAGAGCAGAAACAACAAUCAGACAAGAAGACAUCUUUAAAGUCCCACCUGGAAGAGAUCAACCAAUCCGUACACUGAUGACAAAGGGAGUGGCUGGCAUUGGGAAAACAGAGAUCCAACAGUCUCUGAGAUCAGGAAGUCUCUCUAAGGAUAAACUGUCUCCUGCUCAGUGGUCAGCCCUGGCCUUCAUCUUAGUGACAUCAGGAGAAGAUCUGGAUGUGUUUGACCUGAAGAAAUACUCUGCUUCAGAGGAGGCUCUUCUCAGGCUGCUGCCAGUGGUCAAAGCUUCAAACAAAGCUCUGUAA